CGCCGGGGGGUCGCAGCAGCAAGCAGCAAGCAGCAAGCAGCAGCAAGCAGCAGCAGCAGCAGCAGCAGCCAUGGCCGGAGGAGACGCGGAUCCGGCCAGCUCCACGGGUCCCCUGGCGUGCCUCUCGCGCUACGCCAACUACAGCUCCUCGGCGUACGUGCUGUACUGCCCCGCGGUGUGGGACACGGUACUGUGCUGGCCGCCCACGGAGGCCGGUGCCACGGCCAUCCAGCGCUGCCCCAAGAGCAAGGGCAUAGACGAUACCAAGUACGCGUACAAGACGUGCCGGCCGGAAGGGGUGUGGCAGGGCCGACAGCCCGGUGACCUGGGCAGUCCCUGGGGGUGGACCAACUACACGACAUGCCUCAAGCCCGACCUGCUCAAGACCAUGAAGAAGCUGUACGGCAUGUACGUCGAGGCCUACAAGGACCGGGUGACGGUGUCGAAGAGCGGCUGGACCGUGGAGCAGGUGGGACUCGGCCUGUCGUUGGUCGCCCUGCUGGUCUCCCUGUUCAUCCUGUUCAAGUCCCGGUACGGCAGGGGCAAGGAGGUGCGCCUUCACCGCAACCUGCUGGGUGCGAUGCUGGCGCAGGUGCUACUGCGCCUGCUGGUGUACAUGGACCGCGCCUUGAAGGUCGGCGACCUCGAACAGCUGCCGUCUCCGCUGCAGCUCAGGAACACGCCAAUCCUGUGCGAGAUAUGUUACUCGCUCCUCGAGUACUCCCGCACUGCCAUGUUCCUCUGGCUGUUCAUGGACGCUUACGUCACUCACAGUCACGUGACAGGGGGUGCUCUGAAGAGGAAGCUCGGCUACCGCACCAGUCUGGCCAUCGGCUGGGGGUCAAGUGCAGUCGUCACGACGGCCUGGCUCGUCACCACACUCAUCAAGCACAGCACUCAGAGAUGUCUGCGUGGGUAUACGGCCACUCCAUAUUUUUGGAUUCAGUUUGGACCCAGAAUAUUCCUAACUUGCUUAGCUGUCGGCCUUCUGGCGAACACCAUCAGGCUAGUGUCCACCAAGCACAAGGACUCGCAGUCCGAGGACAUAGACAAGGCCAGGAGGGCGGCGAAGCUGGAGCUGGUGCUGCUGCCCUUGCUGCUGGUCAGCGACGCCUACCUGGCCUCCAACGCGUCCCGCCCGCGCAGCCUGUGGCAGAUGCAGCUGUGGGUCUACUCGUACCGCGUCUUCCGCGGCUUCCAGGGGCUGUUCGCGGCGCUGCUCUACUGCCUCCUGCGCCGGGAGGUGUACGAGAGCGUGUGGCAGUGGGCGGGCCACUACCUGGUGUCGCGGCGCUACGAGAGGGCGCGACUGGGCGACAGCCAGCUCUGCGAGCCGGGCGAGGACGCCGCGGCGCCCCGGGCCGGUGCCUCCUGGUGGUCCAGCGUCUCCGGGAUGCUGCGGCGGUGACCUCCCUCACACGCACGCCUGCUCACCUCCACUGCCUGUACCUAGCAGCCUCCAACCAUGACACACAUCUCCUCAGGGGGUGGCUCCACUCGUCCAGUUCAUCUAAUAAACAAUAUGGACGUAGAUGGGGGGGGGGAGGCACUUUCGAUUCCGUACUAAGAAACCCUUCAAAGAUUUUACUGCCUCGUGUGAGGAUGAGAUUUUUUUAUCGACAUUUGAUCGUUAGCAUUCAUUUGUGAAGAAAUCGAAAGUUCGCCAAAACUUACCCCUCGAAAUUUAAGAUUCAGUUUGGCUUGAAAACGUCUCGAAAAUUCCGGGAAGGGGCUUCCCUCCAGCACCUCCCCCCCUUUACCAGCCCCUCCCUCACCGUCACAUCAUCUUUAUAUCUGGGAACUAUUCCAUAACUCCCAGGCCAUCCGAUAAGGCCCUUCGCCAAAAAUAUAAGGACCCGAGGUCCCGGAAAUUCUAUGCUGCCACAUUGCAUCUACUUCGCGUUGAUGACAGAACUGCAGUGCCCUUGAUGAUCCUGGGCCAGAUGUGAAAAAGGAGGAGAAGAGGAACCCAAUCGCGUGUGGCUAUGUUAUAGGCUAGUGAGAGCAUCUAAAGUAAAAUAUGGCAAGUCAAGUACAUCAUGUAGUGAAAUAAAUCCGUGAAAUAAUCGCGGCUCUACUUCUGUUAGAAGUUACAGUAAAUUUGCGAUUCUUUACGAAGCAUGCAUCUCAAGUAAACAAGAGUUCUUUGAAGUUCCAGAUGAACACAUCUCCGUAUAAACAACGUCAGAUUCCACCUGCCGAUAUUUUUGUUGUGUUCUAAACAGCUUCAACAUCCGCGUGGAAAAAAGAAGCCUACAUUUCACCUUAACCCACACAGAGGAAAAGGUCUGUCUGAUACAAAAAUGCCUAGUUGUUUGUACACGACAAAAUAUUUUGUAAGCCUAUCCAGAAUUCACGUGUAAAAAAAUGCGUUUAUAAAUAUACAGUUGAGUUUAAAA